GAACUUUGACAUUGACAGACAGAUGACGUGUUAUUAAAAGAAUUACAAUGGCUGGCGAUCGCCAAGAUAAAUGUAGUGGUGGCAAAAUAUUUUGAUAACUGUGGUAAAUUUUGAGUUUAAUCACAUUUGUUUUGAUUACAUUUUUCUCUUACACUCCUGUAUUUAAGUGCUAAACAGAGAGAUUCCUUCGACAUUCAUGUCCGCAAAGUGUAUUAGGUCAUGGCGGAUCCAAAAAAUGUCGAUAAAUCCCGUGAAGGGGAACUACUGGAUGAUGUUAACCCUAAUAUAGUAACAAGAAAAGAAGAUAACAGCGUUGCUGAAAGCGUAAAAUCGACUAAGUCGCAACAUGUUUCAUCAUCAUCAGAGAGGCAGUUUAAAUUUGAAAGAGCACAAAAAGCAUUAGAAAAUGCUGCCCUUGUCUCUAAAAGGAUAAAAGAACACAGAAAAGCUACAGCAGAACUAUUGGGACGUCCUUUUGAAGAUGAUGAUGUUGGGGAAACAGCAGAAGCUGCAUCCACCUUGAGUGAACGGACAGGGUACUCUGUAGCAACUGAUACUUCAACCACUCUCUCAGUUCAGGAUGCUUUAAACAUUCCUGGCAUAAGUGAAAGCUUAGCUAAUACUUUAAAACAGAAAGAAAUAUUAAUGGAAAAGAUAAAACAAUAUAAAGAAAUAAGUAAGAGACCAAUGAAAUCAUCAGUUAUCAAAAAAGACUUGGCAACAGACACUCAUUUAGAGUUAAAAAAAACUUCAGAUAAAGUUGAUGUAACUCAGUUUAUGAAAACAAUCAAAGAAAAAGACACAUCGUUAAGUAUCAUGCAAGUAAAGGUAAAAGCAUUGGAGACAACCAUUCUCGAUUUACAAGAGAAGAUUAAUGAAAAAGAUCAAAUUAUUGAAGCUAAAAAUAUGGCUACUACACUUAUGUCUGAUACUUUAAGCAAGAAAGAGAAAGAUUCAUUAUUGUUAUUAGAAGAUACUAGGCAUCAAAUGGCUAAAAUGCAAGAAAAUUUUAUCACUAUGGAAAUAGAAUGGAAAGAAGAGAGACAGAGAUUGUUAAAAGAAAUUGAGGUAAAGGAUGAUAAAAUCAAGAGUUUAGAAGAAGCUAAUACAAUUUUAGAAAAUGCAAGGUUUGAAGUAACUAUAGCUAAUUCCAAGCUACUUGAAGAGAUAGAAAAGAAGAAUCAAGAAAUAUUAAAUUUACAAGAAAAUAUAAAAACAUUAUCUGAAGUAAAGCUUCAGGAAGAAAAGUCUAUCAAAAAUAAAGAAGAUUUUGAAGAAGAAAAAGGAUCCCUGGAAAUUUCACAAAUGGUCGAGUUGACUAAAAAAAUUGAAUUGCUUGAGCAAUUAAAUUGUCAAAUCAGACAAACAAAUAUUGAAUUGGAGAAUAAACUUUCGAAUGUGAAUGAGCCCAAAAUAUCUGCUGUCAGCUCUCCUAGCAAAAAAGCAAGUCCUCUUCCAAGUCGUAAAGGAGGUAGAAACUCUGCGUCCAAAAUGAAAUCUCCAUGGAGUAAUAUAUCUCUUGAAUCAUUACCGCAAGAUACAGAGAAAAAGACUAAUAAAAACGAAAUUGCUAAAUUAGAAAUGUUGGUUCAAUCAUUAAAUAAGGAUAUUUUAGAUAAGGAAUAUGCUAUAUCUCAUAAAGAGACAUUAUUAACAGAACUUCAAACUUCAAAUAAAGAAAAGGAUGAUAUUAUCACUGAUCUAAAAGCCCGUACAGAAUCCCGUUGUAGAGUGGAUGUUGGCACAGAUGUAAUUGAUUUAGCAGAACCCAAUAUUGUAGACUUGGCGCCAGCUAUACCAGACGAUAAUGUAGAUCCAUAUGCAAGAGAGGAAACUAGUCAUUAUUCUGAAAUAAUUGAAUUACAAAAGCAGUUAGAAAUUGCUCAGCAACAAAUCGGUUCAUUAAAUGAAGAAAUUGAUCUAGCUAAUAAAAAUAUGAUUAAAGUUAAAUCAAAUCACAAACUUAAAUUGAAACAAAUGCAAAAAACAAUUGAUAAUUUUAGUAAAAUAUCAGACACUAAUGCAGAAAUUGUAAAACUAAAUGAAGAGCUUCAUCAAUUAUCCCAAAAAGUAGCAGAACUUGAAGAAGAAAAGGGCAAUUUGCAACUGCACUUAGUGGACUAUGACAGUGGACGAUUAACAGAAUCUGAUGUGUAUAAGAAAAUGAUUGAAAUGGAAAACUUGGCUGAAACGAGACUAAAAGCAAUUAGUGUUUUGGAAGCACAGAAAUUCGAUUUGGUUCAAGAUUUGCAUGUUUUACAACAAAAAAAUUCUGAAAUGGAGGAUAAGUUGGCGGAUAUGUCACAACUUCAUAAUGAACAAGUUUGUUCAGAAAUGAAGUCUGUGCAAUUAGAAGAACAGAUCGAUGAGCUUAUUGCUGCACGUAAAGAACAAGAACUCAUAAUAGAAAAUCUAAAAUUAGAUAAAGAACAGCUUAAUGGUACAAUACAACUUCUGCAAGAAGAAAAAGAACAAUUAAUGCAAAAAUUAGGAAGUUAUAUUCAAGAAAAUAUUGAACUUACUGAUAAACUUGAAAAGAUGGGAGCAGAGAAAGUAAGUUCAGCAGAGUCUAUAGAAAUAGUAGAAUCAUUAACAACUCAAGAAAAAUUAGAGUUGGAAGAAUACAAUAAAGGUAUAAUGGAAAUUAAAGAAUCUGGUACAGAAAAUGUCUCACAUAAUACAGAAAAUAGAAUAGAAAGUUUAACUGAACAUGUUACCGAAUUAAAUAAAAAGAUUGAUUUAUUCACUCAAGAGAGGCAAGAAGUCAUGGAUAAAAUGAAUUCAAUUAAUUCUGAAAAUGAAAAACUACAUUUAGAAAUAAACCAAAUGAAUGAUCAAUGUAGUUCUCUACAAAGUAAUAUUGAUUUAUUGAACCAAGAAAAGAAUGAACUUCAAUCGUUGAAUGACGAAUUAAGCCGCCAAAUUGUAGAAUUGAAACAUGUGAAGUUGGACAUUGUAAAAGAAAAUGCCGAAGCUAUUAGACCUAUUGUUGUUGAAGAAUCUUUAGAGGGAUCUGCUGAAAUACAACAUGAUGAUAAGACUUCAGGUGAAAAGAGUGUCAACAGAAAUAAAUCAGUAAAACAAUUGACUAAAGAAAUCCUUAAAUUGAAAAAUACAAUUAAAGAGAGAGAAGCAGAAAUUGGUGAUUGCCAGAUGAAGAUAUUAUCUCUGGAAGAACAACAUCAAAAACAAAACGAAUUAAUACAGGCAAUUACAUCUUAUGAAGCUAAAAUUAAGUGUUUAACAGAUGAGAAUCAGAUAUUGAAGGAAAAAAUGAUGAAAAAUAAGGAAAAUGAAGACUAUUUAAUACAGCUUAAGCAAUCUAAUGAAUUACUGCAAGAUGAAUUACGUAGAACACAUCAAGAUUAUACCAAUACUAUUACUGCUCGUGAUGCCAGAAUACAUGAACUAGAAAACGUUUUGAUAGAAUAUGAUAAUCAGAUAUUAAACUACGGAAACACAUUACAGCAAAAAGAUAAAGAAAUGGUAGAAUACCUUAACCAAAUAACUAAACUAAAUGAUGUUUCACAAAAGUUAAAAUCUACAAUUGAAAUGCUUGAAGAAGAAAAAACAAAGGAUCAAAAUGCUGAUAUGAUAAAAACCUUAAAUAAGCAAAUAUCGGUUUAUCAAAAGAAAUUGGGUGAAUAUGAAGAGAAACUUAAGAUUUUAGAAGAAGACAAAAAUCAAUUGCUUUCCCACAAAGCAGCAUUAGAAAAUAAAAAUAUGAACAUCGAAGCGGAACUAAAAAAGCUUCAAGAAUUAUUCAUUGAAAAACAAAAUGUUAUAAAAGAGCUUCAGAUCCUUCAACAAAAACACGUAGAUGAAAUGUCAAAUGUUAAAUUGCAAUCAAAAGAACGUGAUGAAGAAAUACAUGAAAUAAAAUUACAAUUAAGAAAAGAAUCAAUAGAGAAUGAAAAAUUGCGUACUCUUUUAACAGAAAAAGAUAAAGCUAUUGAAGAAUAUUCACAUAUAAAUGAAGAAACAAAACGACAAGUAAUUGCAGUUUCAAAUGAGAAAGCCCAACUGUCUGAGAACCUCGCAACAGCUGAAACAAAAAAUAAAGAGUUUAUGGAAAAGUUGAAAAAGUGUGCAAUUAGUAUUAAGAAAAAGUCUUCUAUGUACAUAGAAUUGGAAAAUCAAUAUCAUAACAUUCAAAAAGAUCUGGAAUAUAAAAAUGAACUUAUGGAACAACUUUCUAUACAAGUCGAUACCUUGCCUGCUUUGCAAGAAAAAUUAAAGCAUGCAGAAGAAGAGAUUAAUCGAUUGCAAUCACAAAAAGCCAUCGUCGAACAACUAAAAUCACAGGAAAACAUGCUUUUACAUCAAGAUAUAGACGUAUUGAAUCAAAAAUUAAAUUUAACAUCAGAAGAAAUAAAUAAAUUAAAUGACGCUUUGAAUAAUGCACACAAAGAUCUUCAUUUAGCUCAGGAAGACAAUCAGAAAUUAAAGGUACAAGUGGAUUCUUUAAGUAACAAGCUAGUGGAGUAUGAAAUAGAACAGAAGAAUAAUAUGAAUUUUACAACUAAAAUAUCAACAUUAGAAACAGAUAUUAAUCAAAAACAGACACAAAUUGUAGAAUUAUUACAAAAACUAGAGAAUCAAGAGCAGUCACUAAGCCGUCUUCAAUUCGGACAUGAUGCGAAGGUACAGGAACGGGAUUUAUAUAUUGAGAGUUUAGAAACAGAAAUCAAUAAAUAUAAAAGUCGUAUUUGUCGCCUUGAAGAAAGUAUAUCUGUCAUGGAAGACAGAAGGUCUUCACUUGAACGUAAAGCUGAUCAGUUAGAUAGCCAACUACAAGAAAAGCAAAAAGCUUAUUCUGAAUAUUCUAAUCAAGAAGACGAAUUAAUCAAUAGGUUAGCUGUUCUUAUAGACCAUGAUAGGGUGGUAGAAAAACAACUUCAUGAAAUAGAAAUUGAGAAUAGACAGUUGCAAGAUAAAAUGCAUAACUUGACUGAAGAAAACCAACGUUUGCGUAAAUCUAUAAGUGAUGUUCAAGAACAUUAUAACAACCUAAUUGAUACAGCAAGUAAAGCAGAAGCUGCUGAAUCUGAAGUCUUAAAGUAUCAGUCUCAAUUACGAGAUUUAGAAAGUCAGUAUAGGCGUAUCAUACAUGAACAUCAAUCAAUGAUGACCAAGAAGAAGCAAGAUAUUGAAGAUUUGGAAUCUGAGUUUAAUACACAAAUAGAAAACGCUAUUAAAGAAAAGAAAAUUUUGAGCGAAAAAUAUGAGAAAAUUUGUGAACAUGUUACACGACUUGAGAAUAAGCUACAAGAAUAUAACAACGAAAACGAAAGAAUAAAAAUAAAUAUGGAAGAAGUAAAUAGAUUAAAUCAAGAACUUAUGGUAAAAUCUGUUUCCUAUGAACAAUCAGCUACGCCUGACUAUACCGAACAGUACAUUAGUGAAAUAAAUAAGCUUAAUUCAAUAAUAAACAGUAAAAAUCAAGAAAUAGACGAAAUUAACGGUAAAUUGCACACAUUACAAAUUAAUGGUGUAGCCACAGUCUCUAAUUUAGAAAGUAAAAUUAGUGAAUUAUCUAAUAAACUGGUACGUUCCACCGAGGAUAUAGACCGGCUUAUGAAAGAAAACAUCAGUCUUAAAGAAACCAAUGAGCAACUAGACCAGUUAUUAGCACAGAAGGAUGACCAAAUUAAAGAACUCAAAGAUAAAAAACGAGUAACUUUUGAAAUGAAUAUUCCUAAAACUGAGGGCAUGCUCAUUUCGUCUACAAUAGAAGCUAUAGAAGAACCUAUCAAAUUAGAUAUUUCUGAUUUAGAAUCACAAAUUGUAACUGGCGAACCUAUACAGUGCGAACAAUCUCAAAUCUUUAUACCUGAUACAUUACAAAAGUCGCACGACGUUGGUGAUGGUACUAAAAAUGUUGUUGAGGAAGUAAUAGUUCCAAAAAAGGCCUAUCUUUGUUAUAAAGGUGAAGCUAACAGUAAUGAAGAAUCGGAUCCGUUUAAUUCUGAUGAAGGAUGGGGCCUAGGUGAAUCUGAAGAUGUUGGGGAAAAUGUGCAGGGACUAACGCAACUGAAGGAAGACAUGCAUCAACUACAGAAAGAUAAUGAUUUGUUAAAGAAGGACUUGGAUACAACUAACGUAAAAUUAUUAAAAUUGAUAAAAAAAUAUAAAGAAUUAAAAUCUAAUAAUGAAAGUCUAUUAAAUGAGUUGAAAAUGUCAAGACAAUUGUCACAGUCUUCAUUCUUAGAUAGUGCUAUAGAAGAUGAGCUUCGUAAUAAUAUUCAGAACUUAGAAAAAAAGCUGGAGGAGCUCAAUGCCGACCUAAUAAAAGAAAAACGUGAAAAAGAAUCUGUUAAGAAACAAAAUGAGGUUAUUAGUUCCGCAAAUGAAAAAUUGAUGGAAAUGAAAGAAAAAUUAGAUAGUGAAAUAGAGCUGUGGAAAUUUAGAUUCAAAGAAGUUAAUGACAAGAUUGCAACAUUACAUUGGACUGCAGAUAGUAAAGAUUCACCAAUUCAUAAACCUAAUACAAAUAAGACAAAUAUUCGAGAGGAGGUAGUGACAGACGAAAUAGUUAAAUUAGAGAAAGAAAAUGAUGAAUUGCAAGGAUUGGUCGAUCAGUUGACUGCACAGAAUAGUGAAUUUUCAAAUCUGCAGGCAAAUUUGAGAAAUGAAAUAAGUAAUCUUAAGCAUCAAUUACAGCAACAGGUCUGUAAGAAUUGUGAAAUCCUUAAAGAUCAUUUAAGUGAAUUAGAAAAACAUAACGCAGAAUUGUUAAAAACCAUUGAUGUUUCCAAUCAAAAAUUAAAGGACUUAGAAUUACGUUAUAAUGAGGCCAAAGAACAGUGUGAAAUGUUGAAAUCUGAAAAUGAUGAAAUUCAAAGUAAGUUUGAAAAAGCUAACAAAGAAUUAAAUGAUAAAUACGUCGAAUUGGAAAGGAAAUUAAAACUUUCAACAGAAGCAGAGAAUGUUGCUAAUAUUAAAAUUGAUGGACUACAAUCUGAAAUAGAUUUAUUAAACAACAAAAUUAAUUUGGAACAGGGACUAAGCGAAAAUAAUAUGAUAUUAUCCGAAAAAUGUGGGGCGUUAGAAGAGAAUUGUUUACAAUUGCAACAAAAUUUUAAUGAAACUACUGAAAAGUUAGAGAUACUAGAAGCUCUAAACCAAGAACUGAAACAGAAAAUACUUGACUAUGAAAACCAAAUUGUUCUGCUUAAUUCUAAAAUAGAAAAUAUUAAAAUUGAAAAGGACAAUUUAACUUCGAAUUUGUCCGAAUUCAAGUCUGCCGGUUCAAACCAAGAAAUGGUGAAUAAAAUAACAGAUUAUGAACAACAAAUUGUUGAGCUUAAUUCUAAAAUUCAAAAUUUGAACACUGAAAAUGAUCAGUUACUCUCAACUGUGGCAGAACUUCGUUCUUCCGUAUCAAGUGCUGUCGAUCAACGUGGAUUUGAAAUAGCGGAACUUUGGAAACAACAUUUAGCGCAAAGAGAAGCAGAUUUUCUUAAAACAGAACAGGAGCUCAGAGCAGAGUUAACUGCGUCUGAGACAAAAUACGAACAGCUUCUUGAUAGUAUUCAAUCAUCUAGUCAAGAAGAAACUGACAAAUUAAUUAUGAUGGAACAAAUUAAUUCACUUCAAAAUAAAAUAACGGACAAAGAGGAGCAUUUGUAUAAUCUGCAAGAUAAAUAUGGUGAGGCUAUAAAUCAACUUGAUAUCCUGCGUUCUGAAGUAGAAGAUGAAAAAUUGCUAUAUGAAAACAAAUUUUUGUCUCAACAAGAAGAAUACGAAAAUAUGUUAAAAGACUUAGAACUUCGAAAUAAAGAACUUGCACAAAAAUAUGAAUUAGAUACAAUAAACAAUCAAAAUGAACUUUUCACGGUUAAAGAAAAAAAUGUUGAAUUAAAUAAAACUGUGGAUGAUUUAAAAGGAAAUAUAGAAAAACUUGAAGCUACAAUAGUCGAUUUGAAUAAUCAGUUGCAAAUAAAAGAAAGUGAAGUUUAUCAAAAAUGUAAUGAAUACACUAUAACGCUGACGCAAAGGAAUCAAGAGUUCGAAAAUGUCCGAAAACAUAUGCUUGAAUACGAGAAAAAGAUCGAAGAUUUAAGUUUUGAAAAAGAAUCUGAAUUAGCUUUGCUUCGAUUAAAAAUGCAUGAAAAUGUCGAAAGUCAUGAUAAAGUGCAAGCCAAACUCGAUGCUGAGAAAUCUACUUUGACUGAAGCUUUAAACUCCAAGAUUGUUGAAUGUACAAACCUUAAUAAACAAAUAACAGAUUUGAAUAAGUCUUUGGAAGAGCAUACCACGAAAUGUACAGAAAUGCAAACUGCUCUCGAAAAUCAAGAAUUAGAAAUAGUUACAUUGAAAGAUGAAAUAUUUAGUUUGCAACAAAUAUUAAAAAAAACCAGUAACAAAAUUGAAAAACAUGUGACAUUUGCAUCGGACACGAAAUCGACUUCAGACGGAGAACCUUCAGACAGAUUAAUCAACAAAGACUUAUUAGAUGCCGUCCCUAGAGCUGAACUCGAUUUAGCUUUAUAUAUGCUGCAUCAAAGAGACGUUCGCUGUGAAGAAUUAACCAUGGAACUCACGCAGUUACUGGAGGAAAGAGAUACACUUCAGUUGCGGCUCUCUGAUAGCCUACGAUCUAAUGAAGAAUUAAAGACGAAAUUUAAAUCUACUGAAUUAGACAUGACUACUGAUAGUCAAGAAAAUGUUUCAGAACUACCUAGUUUUAGCAUAGAAAAAGAAGCUAUGUUUGUUGAUACACAUCGCGGUCAAACUUCGCGUAAUAGCAGUGUAAGCGACGUCGAUUCAGACAAACCGAAGCUACAAGCUAAGUUGUCAGAACUACGCAGCGUGAAACAUAGUAGAGACGUGCGACUCCGGCAAGAGAGUGAACAGCGGCAAAUGGACCUGCGUUUGUUGCAGAGGGAUGUAGCUAACUUGCCGCCAGAAGCUGUCGAUCAACUUGCUCAGGCACAUCAUACGCUCUCGCGAGAUUCGCAAAGUACCUCAACGGUGCUUCUGAACUGGUUACGAGGAAAGAGCACACCGAAAGUGGUACAUAUGUGAACUAGCAACGAAACGAUAGGUUAAACAAAACGUUGCCUUUCAAUGGGGGGAUAAUGUGAAGAUGUCCCAUACUUUAGUGAUUUCCGUUUAAAUUUUAGUUGCGUUUAUUGCUAGACUGCAUUGCAUUUAUCUGUGUCAAAUAACUGCCGCCACUACUCGACGCAAUUGUAAAAUGUUUGCGAAAACAUUAUUUUAUGAAUUGUGCCUUUAAACGAACUUACCAAAGAUUAUCAAUUACAAAUGGAUUGUCGUUAUAAUCUUAACAUAGUCUUCCAAAGUCGUAAUAUAAAUCUUGGGGGAUACCGUUCAUGAAACUAUAUUGACGACGGUAGUAGUAUUCGUCAUAUAUUUCCACAGACAUACAAGUAUUAUAUAUGAUUAAAAUCACGUGAUUAUACCAUAUAUAAUAUGUAAAUGUACAGAAUUUAGUGUAUAGUUUGAAAUGAAAGCAAUGUGUAUAUAAUAAUAAAGCUACGGGCUGAAGCUUAGAAUGGGUCAUAGCUAUUCAUGCUAUUGAUUUAUUCAGUUUUUUUUACAAAAUUAGUGCAUUUACGAUUUGAGCAGAUAACACUAUUACCGUACGUUACUAAUGCCGACGUUAAUUGGUAUGAUUUGGUAAGAACGAUCGAGCGAGCCGACAUACGAUGCAUUCCUUCCAUUAUAAUCUAUAAGUUUAAUUUUUUUUUAAUAUAAUCAACUGUAUUAUCUAUUUAUGAUUGACAAUAUUUCUGUUGGUAUACCAAACUUAUUUUUUAAUACUAAUUAAGUUCUAUAAUAAUUCUAUUACUUUUAUCUAUUCUUUUUUUUUUCAAUCUAAUGUGCCUUCUCCGAUGUGAAAAUGGCGAACAUUGAUCAGAGUUCGUGCCAUGGAUUUUUAACGCGAUGCAUACGCGUUCGUUGAAGUGAGACAACGCUAUAAACAGGCAUUUGUAGCACCGGCCAAGUUUUGAGCACUAUAUUAUGUAUUACGUGUUUAUGAAUUCGUGGUGAGGCCUCAGUUCUAUGUUCAACAAUGUAUGUUGGCAUUAAUUUAAAAAAUAAUAUAUAAUUUUAUGUAUAUAGUGGAUCCCGAAAGUGGAUCUCUUGUAAAUUACCAUUGUAAAUUUGUUUUUGAAUAAACUUUAUCAUGUUG